UUCCCAAGUGCACUUGUGUUUCGGCGAUGAUUGUUCUUUUGGUCGCCCUUUGCAUGGCAGAUGGAGUGCUCGCGCAGAUACGCUACUCGGUGCCGGAGGAGGCGGACCACGGCACGCUGGUGGGGAAUAUCGCCGAGGACCUGGGACUGGACCUGACCAAGCUCGCCUCCCGCCGCUUCCAGGUGGUGCCCAGUUCCCGGACGCCGUACCUGGAGGUUAACCUGGAGAACGGCGUCCUGUUCGUCAGCGACAAGAUAGACCGGGAGCAGAUUUGCAAGCAGAGCGCCAGCUGCCAGCUGAACAUGGAGGUAUUCCUGGAGAACCCGCUGGAGCUGUUCAGGGUGGAGAUCGAGGUGGUGGACAUCAACGACAACCCGCCCAGCUUCCCGGAGACCGACAUCACGGUGGAGAUCUCGGAGAGCGCCACGCCGGGGACGCGCUUCCCGCUGGAGAGCGCUUUCGACCCGGACGUGGGCUCCAACGCGUUGCGCACGUACGACAUCACCACCAACAACUACUUCUACCUGGACGUGCAGACCCAGACGGACGGCAACAAGUUCGCCGAGCUGGUCCUGGAGAAGCCGCUGGACCGGGAGCAGCAAUCGGCGCACAGGUACGUGCUGACGGCGGUGGACGGCGGGCAGCCUCCGCGCACCGGCACCGCGCUGCUGGUGGUCAAAGUGUUGGACUCCAACGACAACGUGCCCGUGUUCGACCAGCCCGUCUACACGGUGAGUCUGCCGGAAAACUCGCCCGUCGGCACCCUGGUCAUUCAGCUGAACGCCACGGAUUUGGACGAGGGUCAGAAUGGGGAGAUCGUCUACUCCUUCAGCAACCACAUCUCCAACCGCGUCAAGGAGCUGUUCAGCAUCGACGCGCGUACAGGGCGCGUCGAGGUGCGCGGCGAGGUGGAUUUCGAGGAGAGUAACCUGUACCAGAUAUUCGUCCAGGCCAAAGACUUGGGUCCGAACGCGGUGCCCGCCCACUGCAAGGUGCUCGUCAAAGUGACCGACGUGAACGACAACGCGCCGGAGAUCACCUUCAGCACCGUCACCGAGUCGGUGAGCGAGAGAGCGGCGCCGGGCACGGUCAUUGCGCUUCUGAGUGUGACGGACGUGGACGCGGAGGACAACGGGCAGAUUCACGUCGAGAUCCUGGGCGACGUGCCGUUCAAACUCAAGUCCUCCUUCCGGAAUUACUUCACCAUUCUCACGGACGGGCCGCUGAACAGGGAGCACGCGGACUCCUAUUCCGUGACCGUGGUCGCGCGCGACAAAGGCGCGCCCCCGCUGGCCACCAGUAAGUCGAUCAAAGUGCAAGUGUCCGAUGAAAAUGACAACGCGCCCACGUUUACGCAGCCCAUAUAUGACGUGUACGUGACCGAAAACAACGUGCCGGGGGCAUAUAUUCACGCCGUGUCUGCCCUCGACGUAGACAUGGGUCAGAAUGCCCUCAUAAGCUACUCCAUACUAGAGUGCGAUAUCCAGGGCAUGUCCGUGAAGACCUAUGUGUCCAUCAACGAGGAGACAGGCUACCUUUACGCGCUCAGGUCAUUUGACUAUGAGCAACUCAAGGAUUUUACCUUCAUGGUGCAGGCCAGGGACGCGGGCAGCCCAGAGCUCUCCUCCAACGCCACGGUCAAAGUCAUCAUCGUUGACCAGAACGACAACGCUCCCUUAGUGUUAGCGCCCCUUGGGAAGAACGGCACAGCUAGGGAGCCCCUGCCCCGCUCAGCAGAGCCCGGAUACCUGGUCACCCGCAUCAUGGCCAUGGACGCAGACGACGGAGAGAACGCACGGCUCUCCUACAGCAUCCAGCGUGGCAACGAGAAUGGCAUGUUCCGGAUGGACUGGCGGACCGGCGAGCUGAGGACAGCCAGGCGCGUGUCCUCCAAGAGGGACCCCCACCAACCGUACGACCUCCUGAUCGAGGUGAGGGACCACGGGCAGCCGCCUCUCUCCUCCAGCGCCAGUGUGCUGGUAGUGCUGGUGGACAGCGUGGCAGAGGGCCACGGCGGAGGGGAAAGGGGAGGUGCUGCCAAGACCAAAGAGGGUACCCUAGACCUCACCCUCAUCCUCAUCAUUGCCCUAGGUUCUGUCUCCUUCAUCUUCCUCCUGGCCAUGAUUGUGCUAGCAGUGCGUUGCCAGAAGGACAAAAAGCUCAAUAUUUACACCUGCCUGACCAGCGACUGCUGCCUGAGCUGCAGCGCUUGCUGCUCCAGGCACGGCCGUGCCCGCAAGAAAAAACUCAGCAAGUCUGAUAUCAUGCUGGUGCAGAGCACUGUUAACAUCGGCGGGGCCGGAACGGCCCAGGUCCCCGUGGAAGAGUCAGGGAGUUUCAGCUCCCACCACCAAAACCAGAACUAUUGCUACCAGGUAUGUCUGACUCCAGAGUCUGCAAAAACUGACCUCAUGUUCCUAAAGCCGUGUAGUCCGUCUAGGAGCACAGACACCGAUCACAACCCGUGCGGGGCCAUAGUAACAGGGUACACAGACCAGCAGCCUGACAUCAUAUCAAAUGGCAGCAUUUUAUCAAAUGAGACUAAACACCAGCGAGCUGAACUCAGCUACCUAGUUGACAGGCCGAGACGUGUCAACAGUUCUGCGUUCCAGGAGGCAGACCUGGUCAGCUCCAAAGACAGCGGCCAUGGAGACAGUGAGCAGGGCGACAGCGACCAUGACGCCACCAAUCGAGGUCACUCCUCUGGUGCCGAUCUGUUUUCCAACUGCACAGAGGAGUGUAAGGCCCUGGGCCACUCCGACCGCUGCUGGAUGCCCACCUUUGUGCCCUCGGACGGGCGCCAGGGCCCGGACUAUCGCAGCAACCUGCACGUGCCUGGCAUGGACUCAGUUCCGGACACUGAGCGAGGAAAGGGGUUUGCUAGCUCCUUUCGUGUGGACAUACCAGAGACUGUGUGA